UUUAUUGCAGCCUCUUCUCUCUAGCUCCCACAUUGCGAAUUCUGAUGCACGUACCCUGCUAAGCGGGCGGGCGCUGCCAGGCGUCGCGACACAUAAAAACGAGCAAGCGGGGGGGCCGGCCGUGUUCCCCUCUUAUCACAAAAAGCCACUACUACUUCGCGCGUGCGCAGCGCACGAAGCCGACGCUGCUGUUCUGCCACGGCUUCCCGUCCGCGUCGCGCGACUGGCGGCACGUCGCGCCCUUGCUGCAGGACAGGGGCUACGGCGUGCUCGCGCUGGACAUGCUCGGCUACGGCGGGACGGACAAGCCGACGGACCCGGCGGCGUACGUCCCGAGCCUGCUCGCGAGAGACGUCGUCGACGUCCUGGACGCCGAGGAGCUCGACAGGGUCGUCGCCGUCGGCCACGACUGGGGAGCGCUGGUGGUCUCACGCCUUGCGAACCACUACCCGGGGCGGUUCCUCGCCUACGCGUUCCUCGCCGUGCCCUUCGUGCAGGUCACGCCGCCGAUGGACCACGAGGUGUUCCUGGAGCACACGAAGCAGCGGCAGGGGCGCGAGACGUUCGGCUUCUGGUCCUUCUUCAGCAAGCCCGACGCGGACGCGAUCAUCCAAGCACACAUGGACUCGUUCGUGAGCGUGCUCUUCCCGCACGACCCCGAGAUGUGGAAGACGCGGCUCGGGCCGACGGGCGCGCUGGAGCAGAGCCUGCGCGCGGGCUUCGUCGCGCCGCGGCCGGCGUACUGGUCCGCGGGCGACGCGGCGCACUUUGCGGAGACGUUCCGGCGGGACGGCUUCGCGGCGCCGACGUGCUGGUACAAGGUGCUGACGAGCGGGCUGGCGGCGAGGGACGACCAGCAGAUCCCGGAGGAGCGGCUGUUCCCGCCGGUGGACGCGCCACUGUACUUUGGGGCGGCGAAGAAGGACUGUGUGUGCGUGGCCGAGGCUGGGCUUGCGGUCUUUGGGCAGGAGGCGUUUAGAGGGCACCGGGUGACGACGAAAGAGUACGAGGCGGACCACUGGCUGAUUCUCUCGAACGGGGAAGAGAUCGCUGGUGAGCUUGAUGGGUGGAUCGAGGGCACUGGUGUCGCGAAGCUCUGAAGUGAGUCAUUUUUUGCUCAUGUGAGGCAGCUUCUAUUGCAAGUGGCCGGGAUGAGGAAGCUCGCAAUGUAAAGUAUGACGGCUUGGAAUGAAGCAUGGUGGACGCGCAGCCACGUUUGGUUUGG